UGCCGGAAGAAGUGGCGAAGUUACUUUUUAGGGGACCCGAGCAGUGGCGGCGUGCGGGGAGAUACAGGGAAGGAGGAAGCGCAGCAGAGAAGAGGGACCGAGGCAGCCCCGCCUCGGCUGUUUCCAGGGCAACGGGAACAGGAGACCCCCCCCCUUCCCCGCGACAAGCCGCCCACCAGACCCCAGGUUGCAGCCAUGAGCCCCGCCCCCCGCUGGUGCUCGGAGAGGGGCGGGACCUGGAGCAAGGCUGCUCCGUGACCCAACCAUGGCCACCCCUACCACCAGCUCCCCGGACAGCCCCUUGCCUGGAAAUGGCCCCCCUCAGCACAGCACCCCCUCUUCUUCACCUGCUAUAAAGGAGGAGGGCUCUGAGCCCUGGCCCGGGGGUGUGGACCCUGAUGUCCCCAGCACCGAUGGGGCAGGCUCUGCCAGCAGUGUGGUCAUCCCUGACCCAGUGGAGGAGCCCGAGCGCAAGCGGAAGAAGGGCCCGGCUCCCAAGAUGUUGGGCCACGAGCUGUGCCGGGUGUGUGGGGACAAGGCCUCGGGCUUCCACUACAACGUCCUCAGCUGCGAGGGCUGCAAGGGCUUCUUCCGGCGCAGCGUGGUCCGCGGCGGGGCCGGCCGCUACACCUGCCGGGGCCCCUGGCCCCUGGGCGCAGACCCCCAAUCCCGCGAUGCUCGGCAGCAGCGCUUCGCCCACUUCACGGAAUUGGCCAUCAUCUCCGUGCAGGAGAUCGUGGACUUCGCCAAGCAGGUGCCUGGCUUCCUGCAGCUGGGCGGCGAGGACCAGAUCGCCCUCCUCAAGGCCUCCACCAUCGAGAUCAUGCUUCUGGAGACGGCCCGGCGGUACAACCACGAGACGGAGUGCAUCACCUUUCUCAAGGACUUCACCUACAGCAAGGACGACUUCCACCGCGCAGGCCUGCAGGUGGAGUUCAUCAAUCCCAUCUUCGAGUUCUCCCGGGCCAUGCGGAGGCUGGGCCUGGAUGACGCAGAGUACGCCCUUCUCAUUGCCAUCAACAUCUUCUCGGCCGACCGGCCCAACGUACAGGAGCCCAAGCGCGUGGAGGCGCUGCAGCAGCCCUACGUGGAAGCCCUGCUCUCCUACACGCGCAUCAAGAGGCCGCAGGACCAGCUGCGCUUCCCGCGCAUGCUCAUGAAGCUGGUGAGCCUGCGCACGCUGAGCUCCGUGCACUCCGAGCAGGUGUUCGCACUGCGGCUGCAGGAUAAGAAGCUGCCGCCCCUGCUGUCGGAAAUCUGGGACGUCCACGAAUGAGGGCACCGGGCCCGGCUCUGCCCUCGGCAGGAACUCGGGGCUCUGCAGCCCCAGCCACCAGCUGUGCCGGGUCGGCAUCCAGCCAGGCCCCCCAGCCCAGCAAGUCUUCCUCGGAGGGCCAGGGUGGGUCAGAGGUAUCAACCUUUGACCCCUCCUGGUGCUCCCGGCUGUGCCCUCCCUCCCCAGCUUACACCUUGAGCCCACCACGCAGUGCACCUUGAACAGAGCGAGGCGGGGGUCCACGGUGCUCUCCACAAUCCAGGAGGCCCCCCGGGCCCCCCUCUCCCUCUGCUCCUUUAUUUAAUACAAACUUUUUUAAAAGACAAAACAGGAAAAUAAAGUACGCAUACAAACCUGCUCCCA